ACGCAGUCGCCGUCGACGCGACGCCCGCUGCUCCCGAUCUUGCCCCAGUAUCCACCACCGGCUGGAGCGCUAGUCGUCGAUAAGGAGGAGACUCGCCUAGUGUACUUGGCGCCGCUCAUGACGACGUCAAAGGAGAUCUACUUUGCCAAGCACAAGGAGUUGUUGAAGGGGAACAAAGAUGUCGUGGUUAACACUGAAGAGCAAGAAGGAGUGGAGAGAUCAAAAAAGCAAAUGCUGGUGUCCUUAGAGAGACAUUUGGCUCGCCUUCGCAAAGUAGGGCAGCAACCGGUGUCCCCGAACCAGCAGACUUCGAGCGUCUUUGACGUCCCAUCCUUGGACGGCCAACCACGCGGUACCGUGCCGGUCGAAACUAGUUCGACUGCUGCGUCGGCGGAUGGACAGUUAAAGAAAAUGAAGCAAAGGGUGCGGUUGCUGCCCAUUACCGAUGAUGAUCGCACUGCCUUUUGGGAGACAAUCAAGGGCUACGAACGAAUGCGGGCGUACUACCACCAAACAGUGCUGGCUGGUGGGGCAUCCACUCCGAUGGGUUUCAACAUGGAAGCCGCUUUUAAGAAAAUGAAAGCAUGGAUCGAUCUGGAGACUGUUUACGUGGAUACCGCUAUUGAAGAGUACGAAAACCAGCGCCUGGAGGUAUGUGGGCCCAGCCCCAAGAGCCGAAGAAAGCGCGAAGUAUGGAUGAGAUUUGUUCCGGAGUCUGUCAGAACCGAAGUAAUUCUCGAGUUCCUGCAAAAGGUUCAAAAGGAAUACACAGAGAAGUUCCGAAAUCAAGAGGAUGAUUUCUUCCCUCAGCUGGUUCAAACACUUAGAGUAUUGAAAUUGGAAUCGCAGCAAUCUCCAAGUUUACCAUCCAUCGAGUUGAAGCGUGCGGAUGACCAACGAAAUGCACGUUUACCUAAGCAAUCGUUUGGAUUAGUGGCUGUAUCUUACAGCUUCAAAAACCUCCCGAUGCUAUCAGAGAGAUCCAAAGAUGUGGCGAUGUCACUGUUCGACAGUCUCGUUGAUCAGCACUUUAAUCGAUUUUCACGCAGGGGCUCAAGACUUCUGUUGAAUCCCUCAGUGAUUGAGUUCCAGGAUACCAUGAAAGAACUGAAGAAGAUAUGCUCCGAGGAACCGAACUCGUCGUUUUUCAUGUGCCUGUCGACCCAUGGAGCUCGAGUUACCCGUGGUACCAACGAGGGAUCUUACGUGUUAUUUAGUGAGACGAGGCUAUCUUCUGAAGAGGAACUUGUGCUCACGGCCAUACACGAACGCGAACUUGCUCAAAUGAUCCACGAUAUCCCAUGCAAGAACAAAUUUAUUGCGCUAGAAUUGUGCCAAACCCAAGAACCAAAAGACAAAAUCGUCGACGACGCUGAGACGAUUCGUCACCGCGUACAUGAACAGUUUUUCUCACAGUUCUACAAGCAACUUGUGCAACUUCGUCUUCAGACAUUGCUGGAGCGAGGCAGUCGAUUGCCUUCCAACGAGGAGCUCAAUGAGGACGCGGUACGAUCAAACCCGAAGUUACCCAAUCUUAUAUUGAUGGAGUCCUGCGAUGUAAAGAAGGAAGUCCCGGUCCGAGCCAACGAGGAACGC